AUGAUAACAGAUGAACCAACUGUUGAAAUAACAAAAGAUGUCUUGUAAGGAUUAAAGAUAUAAAAAAUAUAUAAAGACUUUGUAAUAAAAUUAACUAAUUAAAGCUAAAAGAAAUCAAUUCAAUAGAUUUUUCAUAGAAUGGAUAAUAUUUGGUUGCUUGUGAUGAUCAAGUAGUUAAUGUUUUUGAUAUUGCUAAUAUGAAGUAUAAUAUAUAAAGAAUGAAAAUAUAGAAAGAUAAGAACAAUGUAUAAUAAUACUUAGGAGAUUGAUAUGGUGAAAUUUACAAAAGAUUAAACUCAUGUAAUUUGUGUUACAAAAAAUGAACCAUGUAUAUAAUUUAAUAUAUUUAAGAUGAAAUCUGGCAUUGGGCAUUUGAAGAGAAUCAAAUUUUAAAGAAAUUCUCUGGACACACAAAAAUGUAAUUGAAGUAAAAUUAUUAGUAAGAAUUUAUUAACUAGAAAUAUAUAAUUAAAUAAUUCUAAGUUGUAGUUUUGAUGAUACUUUAAGAUUAUGGGAAUUAAAUUAAUAAUAAGACACAUGUUAUGCAGUAUUAGAUUUGAGUUCUAAACCUGAUAAUAGAGUAAUAGGAGCUUUUGAUUUUAGUGGAAAUUCUUUUGGUAUGAGUUUUGUAGAAAAAGAAAAUGGUUAAUCAAUAAAUUGUGUUUAGUUAUAUUAAAUUAGAAAAUUUGAAUUAGGACCAUAUCAAGUUAAAAAGAUAUCAGGAACAACUGUAAUACAAUUAAAAUUUAGUGCUGACAAUUAAUUUAUUUUAUGUGUUUGUUCAGAUGGUCAAAUAUAAAUUUUAGAUAGUUAUUUAUUAAAUACAGUAAUUGAUUAAAAUUGAUUAAUAGUUAUUUGAUAUUCCAGGAAAUGCAGAUAGGAUAAAUGUUAAUGUUUGUUUUACUCCAGAUUCUAAAUUCUUAAUUACUGGUAGUAAUAGUGGAUACUUAUAUGUCAUAUCAAUAUAGAAUGCAAUUAAAACAUAAACUUAAGCAGGUUAAUUGAUUGCUAAACUAGAAGGACAUUAAAGAAAAUGUAAGUUAGUAUUAUUCAAUCCAAAAUAUUGUUGUUUGAUUAGUACUUGUAGAAAUCUUGUUGUUUGGACUCCAAAUCAAAUAUUAUGAUUUAUAUAAAAUAAUUAGAUAAUUUUAAUGUAUUAGGAUAAUUCUGAGGUAUAUAAUCAGAAUCAUGAUAGCAUUAUGAGUUCAUUAAUAGUAAUCUUGUGAUUGAAGAAAUUCCAGAGGAAAUUGAAAAUGACAAAGUUAUAGUCUAAGAAACAGCUGAUGAAAAUAAAAUCAAGGUGAUUCUUGUAAUGUAUAAUCACAACUACAAACUUAGGUAAACAAUCAAAAACUCAAACAAGAGUUCUUAAUUGCUGAUAACUUUUCAGCAUUUACUCAAGUUCUCAUAAUUUCUACAAUCAAUCAUAAUUGUUAUUAUGAUGAUCCCUUCUUUCAUUACAUCCUUAUGAUGACUAAGGUUAUUCGUAAAGCACUUAGAAGAAUGUUGGUACCCACCUGCAUUAAAACUAAAGAAGAGUUUAUUGUAUUGUUAAUCUAAUUUAGAGAUUAAACAAAAUAAUUUAUUUCAAUGUUUUUACCAAGAUAUAAACAUAGGAUUUAUAACAUCUACUGGAUAAAUCAAAUCUACUGCAUUCAUCUAUGUCCAUAAAACUAUAAGAGAAUUUUUAAUUAAGAAAAUUUGUAUAGAUUAAAAACAAGAAAGAGUUAGAUUUCUAAUGCAUUUUUUUAAAAUUGAAAAUAUAAUAAAGAUACCUUAUGUGCAUUAAGAUUAUAAAAACUAAUUCUUGAAAACUAAUAAAUUUAAAAAUGAAUUCAUAAUUUUAAGUGAAGAAAUAGAAACUCAUCAAUCUUUAUUUCAAGUUUAUAAAUUGGUUGAUGAUCAAAUAUAUUAUGUAAAAAGAGUAAUUAAAUCAUUUCAUAUAAAUAGAUUCAUUUAAGAGUUAAUUUCAGUUCUUCAUUUAUGAAUGUAUUCAAUACUAAAGAUGUUUAUAUUAAUAUAGCUAAGAUUUUAGCUUCCCUUUCACAUCCUAAUGUUAUUAGAUUAUAUGAUUGGUGGAUUGAAAUGUUAAAUUUCUAACCUUAUUUAUUUAUGCAGAUUGAAUAUUGCAUAUAUCCUAGAUAUAUAUCCUAAGCUAAAAAUUUAUUAAGUUAUUCUUAUUUUUAUAUGAAUCCUAUGCCACAUAAAUAAAAAUAGAAACAUAUUCAAGAUAUUAUUUUAUAAAUAAUUUAAGCUUUGGAAUUUCUAAAAUUAAGAAAGAUUCAUCUAAUUGACUUAAAACCUGAAAAUAUCAUGGUGACUAUAACAGUCACUGGUGAUUUAUAAGUAAUCAUUAUUAUUUCAUUAUAGAUUGUACUUGCAGACUUUAAUCCUUAAAUAAAUAAUUAAUAAUAAUAAUGUUAUUUAGAUUAUACAUUUUAAUCUAUAGGCACAUUAAUUUUGAAUUUAAUCUUAACAUUUCCUGGAGAUGCUACUUUAAGAAAUAAUUAUAUAACUAAAUUUUUGAAUUGUAAAUUUGAAGAAUCAUUAACACUUUUAGAUUCUUGGGCAUAAAAAGUUAAAAAUAGAAAUCGUGAAUUUUCAUUUCAACUUUAUAAAAAUUUGCUUUUAUUGGUUAAAUCCAUCAUUACAGAAUCACAUUUUCAUGAUUUCCAUGAAUUGAAAAAGUCUAUUUAAAAAAUCUAUUGA